GUUUCACUUUAGCAGAAAGAGGUUUUUAAGCUUUUCAGCGAAAAGAAAAGGAGUCAGAAGAGCUUUGGGGCAGGAGAAAGCUCUGUGUGAUACAGCGAGUGUAACACAAAUUAAUCUGAUUAAAGAAUUACGGCAUUCCACGGCAGAAGCUCACAUAAUCAUCUGGGGCAAAAAAAAAAAAAAAAAAGCAAAAGCAGGUUUACAGUGUUGUAAUGUUGAAAGUUCAGCCGCCCUGUGGUUAUUUGUGCUUUCCAAAGCUGUAUCUCUGCUUUAUAAAUGUCACACCUAAUUACAAAUCAAUUAGAUGGUACACCUAGAGAGCUGUUCCCGGCAGCCAAUCGCAAAGAGUUUACGCACAUCCACACAAGUGAUCAGGUAGGGCAGGACGUGGGUUAAUGAGUGACUAGACCUGGGCAGAAGGGCAGGUAUACUUUACACUUGUACAGUGUGGGAACACGUUGGCUAAAUUAAACUGCAGAUAAUCCAAAAAUACUUCAGCCGAGGACUGAAAGCACCAGUAGAUGAGCUACCAUCUAUAAUCGAGCUCGGACAAUCAGCCGAAAAAACCCUGAUUGGACUCUUUUCCUCUCGAAAACGAGUUGCCGCCUGCAGCCGCCGUGGGAACCGGAGUCGCCAUGGAGACAGUGGUGAUCGUGGCCAUCGGGGUGUUGGCCACUAUUUUCCUGGCCUCCUUCGUUGCCCUGGUGGUGGUGUGCAGACACCGUUACUGCCACCCUCACGACCUGCUGCACCCCUUCGACUCCAAACCCACAGUGGAUCUGAUCGGAGCCAUGGAGACCCAGAGUGAGCCGUCGGAGCUGGAGCUGGACGAUGUGGUCAUCACCAACCCUCACAUCGAGGCCAUCUUGGAGAAUGAGGACUGGAUAGAGGACGCCUCUGGAUUGGUCUCUCACUGCAUCUCUAUCCUGAAGAUCUGCCACACUUUGACUGAAAAGCUGGUUGCCAUGACGAUGGGUUCCGGGGCAAAGGUCAAAGCCCCAGCCAGCCUGAGUGACAUCAUCACCGUGGCCAAACGCAUCAGCCCGAGGGUGGACGAUGUGGUCCGAUCAAUGUAUCCUCCUCUGGAUCCAAUUCUCCUGGAUGCCAGGGCCACCGCUCUCCUGCUUUCAGUCAGCCACCUGGUGCUGGUCACCCGCAACGCCUGUCACAUGUCCGGCAGUAUGGACUGGAUCGACCAGUCGCUCCACGCAGCCGAAGAUCACAUGGUGGUUUUGCGCGAGGCGGCGCUGGCCUCUGAACCGGAGCGAUACAUGCCCGGAGCUGACGCGCAGAGAGAACAAGCCAUUUAGAGCAAAACACAAAUACUCACACAAACAAACAGUCAAUUUUAUCCUUGAGCUGCCUCUUUUCAACAAAAAAAAUCUGCACUCAAUUGAUGCUUAACAGGCACAUAUUCUGCCAGGCGGUGUUGAAAAAGGCACACUUCCCAAACUCAUCAUCCAGGCCAAAUUAAUAAGGACACUUCUGAGCGGUAAACAGGCUGUUCUGAUGGAAGCAGGGACUUCACUCUGUGCCUCAUUUUCACAUCUCACAUAAAAAGGAUGUUUUUCUUUCAUCAUCAAAAAGUGCUCCAGCUACAUGAAGUAGAUGUCACACAUUCAGACACAGGCUUUUUUUUUUUUUUUUCGUAUGUAACCCCGCGGCAGAUCUUUUUAGAGUUGGUCUGUUGACGGUGUAAGCUGCCUGCGAGUGAAAGGCCUUUGGAAAAUGUCUUCUCGAGUGCACCAUCAAACCAGCGGUGGGCCUAAAUCCAAUCUCGCCGGCACAGCACAGUCACAUGGAGGCUUAGUCAGCUAAUCCAUUCUGAGGAAAAUAACACCCAGUUAGCCAGUGAACCCAAAGGGGUUCCAACUCAGCGGACCAGCGGAAGACUAAACCGACUUAUUUACAAUUUGUGGGGUCAGCGUGACUUGUGAAACAUCCCUCAGACACUCCCACGCUGGUAGAAAUCACCGGUCUGUGAGCUUUCAGAGACCAGCAGCUGUAGUUUUAGCCAUCAGCACCAGAGUAAAAGGUUUUUUUUCCAGUUGAAUAAUGCCCCUUUGACCUAUUACUGCGCUGUACUAUGUUUAAUUGAUUGUUUUUAGCCACGCUAGAAGCACGUCUUUCUGUCCAUCCACCACUUCGGUCAACGCUGAAAUAUCUCAACCCCCUACUGGAGGGAUUUGAAGAAUUUGGACGGACGUUCGUGGCUCCCAGAGGAUGAAUCCUAAUGACUUUGGUGAUCCCCUGAACUUUCCUCCACAACUUGGAUUGCCAUGAAAUUUGGCACAGAUAUUCAUGAACCCCACAGGAUGAAUCCUAAUUACUUUGGUGAUUACAUUGCGCCAAUUAAAGGUCCAGUGUGUAACAUUUAGUAGGCUCUAUCGGCAGAAAUAGAAUAUUAUAUUCAUAAGUGUGUCUGAAAAUAAGAAUGAGAAAUUAGCUGUUUUUAUCUACUGGUAAUUGUUCCUCCUUCAUGCCUAUAAGGGGUUGCAAUCUGCAACUACACCACUAGAUGCCACUAAAUCCUCCACACUGGUCCUUUAAGUUGAAUGUGCCAAUACUUUGAAAUACCUGCACAGUUAAUGACGUUCUCAUCAGCCUGUAGUUUGUGUUUACUGCCAGUUCGCAAACAGUAUACCUGCUACACACAUCAGUUCGCAUUGUCAUUGUGAGCAUGUUAGCACGCUGACGUUAGCAUUUAGCUCAGUGCAGCCUCACAGAGCUGCUAGCGUGAUUGUAGAAGUCUAGUGUUAUCCUCGUACAAAGUCAGUGCUAGACAGUGAGUCAAGAAACAGAUCUUUAAUUCUGACAACACAGUGUUUAAAAAAGCUAUAAUUUGCGCUCAGAUUCAACUGUACUAGCUGUUUCUAUCUACAUGUGGGCAAAAAUAAGGAUAUUACACAAAUAUCAAAGUAGACCAAGACAGUUUGAGUGCAUCCCUAUUAUCCUUUGAUUGUUUUUUCCUGUUAGAAAUAUUGAGCUUUCACACACUAUUGAACGAUACAGUCUGUCUGUAUGUGUUGUCGUGUUGUGGGGAUGUUUUGAACAGUGUGUUGAUUGAGGUGAAGCAGAUUUAACGUGUUGUUUUGGGCCAGAGGGACGUUAUUGGAGCAUAUCUACCUGCUCUUCCAUGCAUGGCUAAUAGUGAAUCCCUAAGGAGUCCUAAUAAGGCAUUACCCACAGCCACAGUGAACACAAGGGCUUAGGCUUCAAUACACAUGGCACGAAACCUUUGUACACACAAGGCUGGCAGACAAAUGAACACAUCCGCACAUCGUAGGACAUAUCAUAGACUGUGGAGUCAAACACACACAGAUUUCAGUGAGAAGCUGUUUUUUUAAAUGUGUAAACUGAACUUAAAGCAAAAAACUGCAGCUCUGAGCAUGCAGAGGUGUUCUGAUCGAUGGAGGAGGAAACAUUUAGAAAGUGGUUAGCCUUUUAUUCUUUUUUCGUUCACAUCGUUUAUUAGCAUUGAUCUUUUUUUUUUUGUAAGCACUCCUUUUUGUUUUCCCGUCCUUGUUACUGAUGUCCUUCCCUUACUGCCACACACCUUUUUUUUUUUUUUAUCUUUCAUUGAUUUGUACAGAUAAAAUGAAGUUUCAUAGGAAAAUGUGUUUUGUUUUUGCUGUUUUUGAACAAUAGCUACGGAGAAAUCCAUGUCUGAUAAAAAGUCCACACACUCAUACUAAUUUGACAUAAAUAAAAGUGAAUUCCUUUACUCUUUUUA